UAAGUCGAUUGCGCUGAAAACUCAGGGUUUCUUGGUUUUUUCGAACCCACAAUUUCUAUACCCCGCCCGCCUCUCCACGCCUAAAAUUCAUUCAGGUCGAACGCUACCGAAAGUCCAACGCAAUCACUACUGAGACAAACUCCAUAUCGCUGAUUGAAUCUCCGCAUAGUUUCUUAAGGUCUGUUGUUAUACUGUAAAAGAAUUUAAGAUGGGUUACCCUGAUGCCAAAAAUAUCGAUCACGAGUCACAAUCCGAGUCUGAAUCAGAAUCAGAAGAAGAAAAUGUCUUGCAGAGUGAGCCUUCAAAGAAAGCCAUAAACAAUCAUCAAGGUCUACUUGAUAAACUUGCAGACAUUAGUUGGCCCGAGAACGUUGAUUGGAUACACAAGCUUACAGUUGAUAUCGACAGAGAGCAAGAAGUAGACGUGAACGAUGAUCUUACACGCGAGCUCGAUUUCUACACGCAAGCAUUAGGAGGUGCUAGGCAAGCUUUCACCAAAUUCCAGUCUAUGAAGCUUCCAUUUUUAAGGCCUCCUGACUAUUACGCAGAAAUGGUAAAAAGCGACUCUCAUAUGGUGAAGGUUAAGGGUCGGCUUUUGUCAGACAAGAAACAGAUGGAAGAGGCUGAAGAGAGGAGGAAAGCUCGAGAAUCGAAGAAGAUAGCGAAAGAGGUGCAGUCUGAGAAGCUUAAAGAGAGGUCUAAGCAGAAGAAAGAGGAAAUGGAGAAGUAUAAGAAGCUAAGGAAGCAGACUAAGCAAGGUGGAUUUUCGAACAGUAGGAAAGAUGAAGCGGAUUUGGAUUUGAGCUUUGAAAAUGGGAAUAUGUUUGAGAAGUCUGAGAGUAAGAGGAGGAGGACGGGAGUGGCUCCUGGAGAUCGUUCUGGAGGGAAAGGAGGAAGACAAGGUGGUGGUGCUGGGGCUAAAGGGGGUAAGAGAAAGGGUAGGGAACAUAAAGAUUCCAAAUUUGGCCAUGGAGGAAGGAAAGGUAUGAAGAAGCAGAAUACAAAAGAGACCACAAAUGAUUUCCGCAGCUUCGACAAUGGCAGUAAAGGUAAAGGAGGAGCUUCAGGAGACAGGAAGAGGAAAAGGUAAGAUUUUUCGAUAUGGGUUGUUGUUAGAAUGAAGAAUAUGGGUUCUCCAUUAAAGACAAGUUUUGUUGCUUAUUUAUGCUUUACUCUUUUUCUCCCACCCACUCUCAAUUUGGAGAGUCUUGACUGUUAAAACCUAUAUGUUUGUUUAUCUCCAAGAGGCACUUUGUGACAGAUGAUGUUCUCUUUUUUUGUUUGGUUAUUGAAUUAGCAUUUUUGA